CAGGCGGCAGCGGCGGAGGUAUCUCCAGAGUGGCUCCUCACAGUUCAUAGAACCACAUACAAAGUCCUCGCGCUGACGCUUCCGCGAACAUGGCGGCAAGUGCGCGGAGAGCGGCUUUAAUCGCGACUUGGGGCAGUUGUCUGCGUCGUGGCCUCGCCGAAGGCCGGCGGGCGCUUCCCCGGCCAGGCCCUCUGGCUGUGGCUGUAGCGGGGGCAGCGAUGGCAGGGGUAGGAGCGGUCUGGUACAAGGGACGCCUGGACCUCGCAGCUAGCGGUUGCCUGACAGUCUUUGCGCAGAAAAGUGACAAUGAUGAGAUGGCAGAAAAAGUGUCCAUUCGAAAGCAGCGCUUCAUGCAGUUUUCUUCACUGGAAUAUGAAGGAGAAUAUUAUAUGACACCCAGAGACUUCUUAUAUUCAGUAAUGUUUGAUCAAAUAGAGCAUAAAGCCUCAAUUAAACAACUAACAAAACAGGCUAUAAAUGAUGCACUGGAUGCAGUAAAAAAGAAUAAAAGUGGACCAACCUUUUUUAGAGAUCUUGGUAAUAAAGGAUUGAUUUCAUAUACUGAAUAUCUAUUUUUGCUGACAGUUAUCACCAAACCCCACACUGGGUUUCAUGUUGCUUUUAAGAUGCUGGAUGUAGAUGGAGAUGAGACUGUUGAUAAAAAGGAAUUCUUUAAGCUCCAGAAGAUUAUUAGUAAACAGGAUGACCUGAUGGGAGCUACAAGGGCUGAAACAGUGUGCCAGGAACCAAAAGAGGAAGAUUCUGGAAUUAAUACCACUCUUCAGGUAUAUUUCUUCGGAAAAGAAGGAAAAAAGAAACUUCAUUAUAAAGAAUUUCGAAGAUUUAUGGAAAAUCUGCAAACAGAGGUACAGGAAAUGGAAUUCCUACAGUUUUCAAAAGGUUUGAACUUCAUGAGGAAAGAAGACUUUGCAGAAUGGCUACUCUUUUUCACAGACACCGGGGACAAAGAUGUUUACUGGCAAAAUGUGAGAGAGAGGUUGUCGGCGGGAGAGAAUAUUAGUUUGGAAGAAUUCAAGUCAUUUUGCCAGUUUACAACUCACUUGGAAGACUUUUCAUUCACAAUGGAAAUGUUUAGUUUAGCUCAUCGCCCUGUCAAACUAGCGGAGUUUAAGAGAGCUGUGAAAGUGGCAACAGGCCAGGAGCUCUCAGACAAUAUUUUGGACACCGUCUUCAAGAUCUUUGAUUUAGAUGGUGAUGAUUGCCUUAGCCAUGGAGAGUUUCUUGGGGUCUUAAAGAACAGGAUGCAUCGAGGCUUAUUGGAACCACAGCAGCCAGGCAUGCAAGAAUACUGGAAAUGUGUGAAAAGAGAAAGUAUCAAAGCACUAAAAGAAGUCUGGAAACAAGCUGGAAAAAGCUAUUUAUAAAAACAAAAAAAAAUCUAAGGGGUAAGAACAUGAUAUUUGUAGUGGCCUCUAAUUUUGUUGGCAACAAUACUACAAUUGGCUAAUUGGAAGCAAGAGAAGUACCUGUGAACAUAAAUAUAUGUUUACUAUCACACUCCAAAGACAUACGAUCCAGAAUUAAAAGAUUAAAUCAGAAACUCAGUAUAAGUUUUCUAGUCUCUUGGGAAUUUUCUGUAUUUUUUAUUUCUGCUGUGGGUCUGAAUAAAUACUGAUAAAAAUAUCAGUAUUUGAAUUAGAAUUAUAAUAAAGUAUUUAUCAAAAACUGUGAA